CCUCCCCGACCUUUCUCCCUCCACCUGCCUCCGCACCGCUAUCGGGGAGAGCCGGAAAGGGGCCCCUUUCCUGGUUGGUAUGAGGACACAAACUCCUUUACCCAGAAGUCGGUGCCCGGCACAUCCGGGCUGCGCCAAUGAUAGCCCGGAAGAUGGGCGUUUCCUGCCGCCCUUGCCGGCAGAGGCGGGACUUCCGGCGUCGUCGUGACGUCUUCUAUUUGCGCCAGGGCUGUCUAGAGUGGCUGUGGACGUUGGCUGGGAGGCUUGGCUAGGGGCCGCCUUCCCGGCUCUUCGGAAGCGAACAGGGAAGGACAGUAGAAAGGCUAGGAUCUCCCUCCGCGUCUUUGUUAGCAUCCAUGGUCCCCGUCGUGUUACGGGCCGCGUUGCGAGGAAGUGUCGGCCGGGGUUGCGCUCUUUCCGAGGCCUUCGCACCCGCCCUCCGUCCUCGUCCGCUUCCGGAGGCGGCACCCUGAACCUGAGCGCCUUUUUACAAGGGGGAGCCUGGGGCUCGGAGUGCGACAGUCGUCCCGAGGCCACUCCGCCCAGUGUGGGGCGGGGGUUCGGCUGCUCCCGCAGAGCCCGCUCCAGUCGCCAGCUUCUCGACCCGGUUCUGCUCAGAGGAUUUCAUGGCGGCCGCGGCGCUUAUGGACCGGGCUCAGGGCUGUGUGACCUUCGAGGAUGUAUUUGUGUACUUCUCCCAGGAGGAGUGGGAGCUCCUUGAGGAAUCUCAGAGACUCCUGUACCGUGAUGUGAUGCUGGAGAACUUUGCACUUGUGGCCUCGCUGGGUUGUUGGUGUGAAUCAGACAAUGAGGAGGCCCCUUCUGAGCAGAGCGUUUUUAUAGGAGUGUCAGAGGUCAGGACUCCUGAGUCAUGUCCAUUUAUCCCGAAAGCCCACCCAUGUGAGAUAUGUGACCCACUCUUGAAAGACAUUUUGCACCUGGCUGAACACCAGGGAUCAUACCCUGCACAGAAACAGUACACAUGUGACUCCUGUGGGCGAGGAUUCCUGUUCAGUGAAAACUCUUAUCAGCAUCAGAAGCAAUAUAGUGGGAAGAAUCCUAUCAGAAGGGAUGAUGAUGGGGCCUCACUUGUGAAGAGCUGUGCUGUCCACAUGUUAGGGAGACCUUUUACUUGCAGGGAGGAAGGGAUGGACUUGCCAGAUAGCUCUGGCCUCUUCCAGCACCAAAGUACUCACAAUAGAAUGAGUCCAUGCAGAAGGGCUGAGUUCAUGGAGCCUUUUCCACAAAGCUCCAGACUCGGGCGACACCAGGGAGACCAUGAUGAACUGAUGCUUCUCAAUUGCAGUGACAAUGGGAAAGCCUUCCUGAACACCUUCACUCUCCUUGACAACCAGAUAACUCAGGCUGAAGUGCAAGCUUUUAGGUGCCUACCAUGUGGAAAUUUGUCCAAGGAGAAAUCGGCUUUUAUUCAUCACAAUAAAAUUCAUAGUGGAGAAAUUUCACACGUGUGUAAGGAGUGUGGAAAGGCCUUCAUUCACCUGUCUCACCUAAAAACCCACCAGAAAUUUCACACUGGAAAACGACAGUAUACAUGCAGUGAAUGUGGAAAAGCUUAUAGCAGAAGCUCCCACCUUGUUCAGCACCAGAGAAUUCACACUGGAGAAAGGCCUUAUGAGUGCGGCGAAUGUGGAAAAGCUUUUAGCCGCAAAAACACGCUUGUUCAGCACCAGAGAGUUCACACUGGAGAAAGGUCUUAUGACUGCAGUGAAUGUGGAAAAGCCUACAGCAGAAGCUCCCACCUUGUGCAGCACCAGAGAAUUCACACUGGAGAAAGGCCUUAUGAGUGCAGUGAAUGUGGGAGGUUUUUUAGCCAAAGCUCUCACCUUAUUGAGCACUGGAGAAUUCACACUGGGGCAAGGCCUUACGAGUGCAUAGAAUGUGGAAAAUUCUUUAGCCAUAACUCCAGCCUCAUUAAACAUAGGAGAGUCCACACAGGAGCAAGGUCUUAUGUGUGCGGCAAAUGUGGGAAGGCUUUUGGCUGCAAAGACACACUUGUUCAGCACCAGAUAAUUCACACUGGAGCAAGGCCUUAUGAGUGCAGCGAGUGUGGAAAGGCCUUUAGCCGUAAAGACACGCUUAUACAGCACCAGAAAAUCCACACCGGAGAAAGGCCUUAUGAGUGUGGCGAAUGUGGAAAAUUCUUUAGCCAUAGCUACAACCUCAUUGUGCAUCAGAGAAUGCACACUGGAGCGAAGCCUUAUGAGUGCAGUGAAUGUGGGAAAUGCUUUAGCCACAACUCCAGCCUCAUUCUACACCAGAGGGUUCACAGUGGAGCAAGGCCUUAUGUGUGUAGUGAAUGUGGUAAAGCCUACAUUAGUAGCUCCCACCUUGUUCAGCACAAGAAAGUCCACACUGGAGCGAGGCCUUAUGAGUGCAGUGAAUGUGGGAAAUUCUUUAGCCGCAACUCUAGCCUCAUCCUUCACCAGAGGGUUCACACUGGAGAGAAGCCUUACACGUGCAGUGAAUGUGGGAAAGCCUAUAGCAGAAGUUCCCAUCUUGUUCGGCACCAGAAAGUUCACACUGGUGAAGGGCCUUAUGAAUGCAACAUAUUUGGGGGCUCUUUGGCUGCAUCUGUUACACUUGUUUAGCAUCCAGAAAGUUCACACUAGAAAAAGGCCUUAUGAAUGCAGAAAAUGUGCUGUAUCCUUGUUCAAGGCAUUAGGACUCACACCAGAGAAGAGCUCUGUGAGUGCCCUUUGUGCGGGAGCCAGCACAUCAACCUUGUACAAUCGUACAUCCACCCCGGGGAGAUCCCCGACAAGUACCACAUAGGUGAGAAGCUCUCAUGAGGUGCAUUGUACUUCCUCAAUUGUCCAGGGCUCUUGACAGUUAUAUCACUUCCAGUGCCUGUGGUGGAAGCCAUCUCAUUGCUGUUAAGUUCCCACAGUGUCUGUCAUUUACUCCAAUAUGCUCAGGAAAGGUGGAUCCCUGUGCUGUCUCUCCUGAUCCCUCGAGGGGAUCGUGAAUGUUCUGAGUGUAAUGACGAUCCUCAUUUCCUUCCCCAUGACGGGGUUCUGAGUGACCAUGAUCUAUCUCUGGCCGAAAGGAUCUGAAAUGGAAUCUGCUGGUGAUUACCAAACAAGAUUUCCCUUCUUCCUUGACAAUGUUGACUGUAACAUGAUAGCUGUGACUUAUUUAUCCUGCUUUCAACUCACCCAACUUUGCAACUCCCUGCCCCAUGCUACUCUGGUUUGUGCAGUGAUAAAGGCCUGCUGUGGCAGUUUUUACUCUUGGGAGGUCAGUUCACUGUGUCUAAUGGAUUGAGAAUAAAUUGGGUUUCGCCAGCCUGAAGGAAGGAACACCUUUUGUUGGCACCAACUUUAUAUGCCUCAGAAGGAACAGUAGGAGGGCAGAGAACAGCUCUCAGUCUAGUUUGGCCUAGUUUUCAUUGUUGCCCAAGGCUUGCUAGAAAAGACUGAAGAGCUUUGUGCACCUAAUCCUGUGGCCUAGAAGUCAGGAUUUCCUGUGAGCCCAGAGUUCAUUCUGAGGAGGGCACAGUUGGUGUGGAAAUCUCCAGUGCUUGUGGAAGCAACAUGAAUUGGGUCCUUUGUUCCUAGGGAAUGUCCCAUAUUCCCCAGCACUUUUGAGGGAUUUCUGUCUCCUGGACCUGUAUAGGAGCCAGUCCCUGAUGUCCAGAAUCCCAUAGGCAAGUAUCAUUGACUGGAAGGCUUUAGCCUUUCAGGGCAACAUGGGAAUCAUAGUUGGUAUAGAAACACUGAGAUAAUGGAGUAGGGAUGAAUAUGGCUAGUGAGAGGAUGUGUGCCUAUUCUAACGGAGGCAUCUGUAAAUGUCCAUGUGAUUCUGGCUGUAUGGCAUGAAUGGUACAGAAAUUCUCAGGACCUUCAGACAUCUGAGUCUCCUGUGGCCAACGCACUGUCACAGUAAAUAAUCUAAAGGUUUGCAGAUUUCUGUACCUCCCUCGGCUGUUGAUGUUAUGGCCAUCACAGGCACAGGUAGGAACCCCAGAACUGACAAAAUGGAGAUCCAGGGAUCGGGCUUCUCUGACCCAGCCAACAUUCCUAGUGACAGUAGUGGAUGUGGACUUCAUUGCUCUCCAGUUUUUGCUGAUAUUGAGGCAGGGCUUAUCCCCCUAAAUUGUGGGGAGAGAGAUAUGGUAGAACCAGAACAGUUGCCAGAUGUGACUUUCCAAGAGGAAUGGUAAAUAUGGAUUUUUAUGGGGAACAUUUAGUUCUUAACAUCUUUAUUGAGGUAUUGUGACAUGAAAUAAAAUGAAUAUAUGUAAAGUGUAAAACGAGUUAUGUUUCAUCGUGUGUAUCUGAUGAGACCACAAAAUCAAGAUAAUGGAGAUAUCCCACACAACCUAAAUAUUCCUUGUGUCCCUUUAUAAUCCUUUCCUUCCAGUCCUUUCUAACCCCCUUUCUCACAAUUCACAACUAAUAGCAAGCACUUUCUAGAAUUUCAUAUAAACAGAAUCAUAUGGUAUAUACUUUCUGGGGAGUGAGACUCUGGCAUUUUUCACUAACUAUAACUGUUUUGAGAUUAAUUCAUCUUGUUGCAUGUAUCAGUUGUUCGUUUGUAUUGUUGAGAAUUAUUCCAUUGUAUAGAUAUAUCACAUUUGUUUUUUAUCUAUUCAACUGUUAGUGGAAUUUUGGGUUGUUUACAAUUUUUGGCUGUUACAAAUAAAGCUCCUACGAAGAUUUGUGUAUAAGGUAUUACUAAAUAACAUUCUGUUGUAUGGCUAUACCACAGUUUGUUUAUCCAUUCACUGACUGAAGGACAUCUUGAUUGCUUCCAAGUUUUGGCACUUAUCAAUAAACUUGCAUUAUGCAUUGUGUGUAGGUUUUGUGUGUGUUUAAGUUUUCAAUUCGUUUGGGUUCAAGCCAAGGAGCAUGAUUUACUGGGUCAUAUAGUAAGAGUAUGUUUAGUUUUGUAAGAAACUCUUCCAAAGUGGCUGUCAUUCUGCACUCCCACCAGCAGUGGGUGAGUGUUCUGUUGCUCCAUAUCCUCGUCAGCAUUUGAUGUUGUCAUUGUUUUGGAUUUUUACCAUUCACAUAUGUGUGUAGUAAUACUAUAUUGUUGUUGCUUUCAUUUGCAGUUCCCUAAUGAUAUAUGAUGAAUAUCUUCGUAUUUUUGUUUUUUAAAUAAGCCUUUGAUGGCUAGCUUUUUUUUUUUUUUUUUUUUUGGCUGCAUCAGGUCUUAGUUGCAGCACAUGGGAUCUUUUGUGGUGGUGUGCAGGUUCUUCAUUGU